AUGCCUCCGAAAACGGCGAAGCGCGGGUCCGCGUCGAGCGGCUCAAAAAGGGGUGGCAGAGGCGGCAGAGGUACCUCGAAGGGUGUGCAGAGCCAGCAGCUCCAUGAAGCUGCGGAAGAGGUAGUGAAGGUCGACGAGAAACAACCCAUUGUUGUUGUUGCUGAGGAGGAACAAUCCAAGGUGGUGGAAGAAGAGAACCCUGUGGUUGAAGAAAAACAACUUGUGGUUGAAGAGAAAAAAUCUUUUGUCGUGGUUGAGGAUAAGGCUAUUGAUAUGAACCAAAUGGCUCCGGAGGCUGUGGAAGAAGCGUCCCAUUUGGCUAAUGGGUUGACUGUGGUGAAAAACGAUGAAGAGGAGGUUAAGGAAUCAAUAGAUGAAUAUGAGAAAGAUGAACGCUUAGAUUUGGAGGAUAAUGAUCCUGAGUAUGAAGCUGAGGAGUAUGGUGGAGUUGAUUAUGAUGAGAAGGAAAUUGAACAAGAUGAGGGUCAUGAGGUGGGAAAUGAAGUAGAGGAAGAAGAGGCUGAAGAUAAUGUAGGUGAAGAAGAGGGUGAUACAGGUGAGGAAGAAGUUGAAGAUGUUCAUGAUGAACUCGAGGGUGAAGAGGACCGUGAGCAUACUGGUGAGGAGCAUGAGCACCCAGACUUUGCUGAUGUGGAGGAAGAGGAACACCGGGAGGUAGUGAAGGAGAGGCGUAAGCGGAAAGAGUUUGAAGUUUUUGUUGGUGGUUUGGACAAGGAUGCUACUGAGAGUGAUCUGAGGAAGGUUUUUGGCGAAGUAGGGGUUGUUACAGAGGUCAGGUUGAUGAUGAAUCCUCAGACUAAGAAGAACAAGGGAUUUGCAUUCUUGCGUUUUGAAACUGUGGAACAAGCUAAACGAGCUGUAGCUGAGCUCAGAAAUCCUGUGAUUAAUGGCAAACAAUGUGGUGUUACUCCUAGUCAGGACAGUGAUACCCUAUAUUUGGGAAACAUAUGCAAGACAUGGACAAAGGAAGCUUUAAAAGAGAAGCUGAAACACUAUGGAGUUACACAUGUUGAGGAUUUGACCUUGGUGGAAGAUACUAAUGAUGAAGGGAAGAACCGUGGGUUUGCAUUUUUAGAAUUUUCCUCUCGUUCUGAUGCUAUGGAUGCCUUUAAGCGACUGCAGAAGAGGGAUGUUGUGUUUGGAGUUGAUAAGCCUGCAAAAGUUUCUUUUGCAGAUUCCUUUAUUGACCCGGGUGAUGAAAUUAUGGCACAGGUUAAAACUGUGUUUAUCGAUGCAUUACCUCCUUCAUGGGAUGAAGAUUAUGUUCGAGAUCUUCUCAAGAAAUAUGGAGACAUUGAAAAGGUUGAGCUAGCCAGGAACAUGCCUGCUGCACGGAGGAAGGACUACGGUUUUGUUACAUUUGGCACACAUGAUGCUGCUGUAAAAUGUGCUGAUAGUAUUACUGGCACAGAUUUAGGUGAAGGAGACAAGAAGGCAAAAGUUAGAGCAAGGUUGUCAAGACCACUUCAGAGAGGUCGUGGAAAACACAUUAGUCGUGGGGACUAUCGUUCCACUCGAGGAUCUGGAAUGAUGACAAGGCCUUCAUGGAGCCGACCUGCACCUCGUACUUUUACUCCACGUGGUGCAAGAGGAGUUGGAAGUCGUGCUCCACCUGUGAGACCAGUUAGUGCAAGAGAUAGACGUCCUAUCAUGUCCAUACCAGCAAGAAGUAGGCCAGUGCCUCCUCCAUCUAGAUCUUAUGAUAGGAGACCAGUGGCACCUGCAUAUCCAAAAAGUAGCAUGAAGAGAGAUUAUAGUCGGCGGGAAGAUAUACCGCCUCCAAGAAGUAGAGUUGCUGUAGAUUAUGGCUCAAGGGUGGCUUCUGAAAGACGACCAUCUUACAGGGAUUACCCUGCUCGUGGUCCUGGUCCUGGCUACACUGAGCUCCCUAGAAGCACAUCUCGGGCUGCACCAAGGAGGGGCUAUGUGGAUGAUGGUUAUAGCCAAAGAUUUGAGAGGCCUCCUCCUCCACCUCCUCCGCAUCUAAGUUACCGGGAAGGACGUCCCCGAGAUUACGAUGCUCUGUCUGGUUCAAAACGUUCUUAUGCUGCUAUUGAUGAUGUCCCUCCCCGGUAUGCUGAUACUGGUGCUCGCCAAUCAAGAGCUCGAUUAGACUAUGAUUAUGGCGGUAGUUCUUCACAAUAUGGAGAUGCUUAUGGUGAUAGACUUGGAAGAUCCAGUAUGGGAUAUGGUAGUAGCAGCAGAAGUUCUAUGUCUGGUCAAGAUUCACAUGGGAUGUAUAGUAGUCGACAGGGCAUGAGUUAUGGAGGAGGUUCUUUUACCAGUGGUGAUGUUGGGGGCUUGUACACUUCAAGAACUAGUGCUACAUAUACAUACAUGUUUUGUGUUCUUAUAUUUUUCUUGUGCUGCAGGUUGGUGGCAGCUCAUAUUCCUCAGUAUAUUCAGGCAGGGGUGUGGGUGGUGGUAGCAGUUAUAUGGGUGGCGGCGGAUCAGGAUCUUAUUACUGAGGUAAGUCAUCUGAGAACUUCUUGGGACUGCAUUUUGUGGACUACAUAG